UACAAAAGCGUUUCAUGACGUCAUAGUACAGACGGAGCCCCAGUCAUUGGCAGUCAGUGACGUCAUAGUACAGACGGAGCCCCAGUCAUCGGCAACUUGUGACGUCAUAGUACAGACGGAGCCCCAGCCAUCGGUCGCCAGUCUAUUCAACACGCUUGAGGAGGCGCUCGGCCUUGUAACCAUGACGACGUUCGACGCUCCGUCGGCCCUUGGCGAGGAUCAGCUGACGGCGCUCCUGCAGAGUCUUCCUCGCUUGGAGGAGCUGACCGUCAGGGUCCCGUCCUUCGGAACGGGGCGGUGGCUGCGGCUGCUGCCGACGUCACUGAGGACGCUAUACGUUACUGGGCCGGAGGUGACGGAGUCGAGGUGGCCGGGACGGUACGGGAGUGGUCUGUCGGUAUCUCUCCAGGGGGUGGCUGCCGACACCAUCAGUCACCUGGCCACGGAGCUGGGGUCACGGAUUACCCUACUAGUCACGGAUGCACAAAUUACUACUAUUCCAAGUCAACUUCGUGGUGCCAUCAUCAGGGUGGGCCCAAACACUAUUAUCCUUCCGGCCGGAGUCGGUGACAGCGAGCUGACGGAGCUGCGGAGCUCACGGGAGACUGUGAAGCGGCUGUCAGUCUCCGCCGCCGACCUCCCGCGACUGAGGGGGCAGCUGCCGGAGGGCCUCAGGCGCUUCAAUGUCAGAGGGCCGGAGGUGACGGAGCCGAGGUGGCCGGGACGGUACGGGGAUGGUGUUCUGUCAGUUUCGCUCCAGGGGGUGGCUGCCGACACCAUCAGUCACCUGCCUGACCUGGGACGGACGGUCAACCGACUGGAGAUAUACGAUUGUACUGAUCUCACGGCCGGCAGCCUGGAGCCCUUCACCAGGUGCCCUGAGCUGCGAUGCCUAUCAGUCUCCGCCGCCGACCUUCCGCGACUGAGGGGGCAGCUGCCGGAGGGCCUCAGACUCCUCAAUGUCAGAGGGCCGGAGGUGACGGAGCUGAGGUGGCUGGGAGGGUACCCGUGGGGCGGUCUGUCAGUGUCGCUCCAGGGGGUGGCUGCCGACACCAUCAGUCACCUGGCUGACCUGGGACGGACGGUCAAACUACUACUGGUGAAGUCGUGUCGGAAGCUGGAGUAUCUGUACCUUCACUGCACGGCAGACACCGGCCGGGCCGUGCUGACCGCCCUGAAGGAGGCGGACCUGCGCCGGGGCAUAUUCGGUGCCAUCUAUCUCCGUGUCCCCGGGGAGCUGUACCGUCAGCUGAAGAGCCAGCAAGGCGCUGGGGUCAUAGUGAGUCUGUGGUGGUAUUGA